GCGAAUCUUUUCGCCUUGCCUUUCGAUCGGGUCUUCAACAUGCUGGGUGCCACCAUUUCCUUCGAACGCGCCAUUGAAGAGGUGGUCAUGCAGUGUGUUUCAGAGGGUCGGUGUGAUCGGAAGAGAACGUUGUCCGUCAACGGAAAGCUUUUGUUCGCUGCUGGGCAUGUGUUCGGGCGGUGCGCCCAGUUGGCAACGCAACUCAUGUCUCAUCGGGGAAAUGUUCGCCACCCGGGCCGGGGACAUGUGGAAGAUCUGCUCAAUGCCCUGAGGUUUGCCUUGGAAAUCCUUAAGUCCGGUGGACCUAGGUGCGUGGGCGCGUGGUCGCAACAGCCUCCGGUGCUCAUCUUCACGGACGGUGCGUGCGAGCAGGAGGGCAACCUGGUGACGCAUGGUGCCCUCUUGUUCGAUCCUGUGACAGUACGCAAGGAGGUAUUUGGCGAUCAUGUCCCAAAGCGCUUGGUUGAACGAUGGAAGGAUGGAGGCAAGAAACAGGUGAUUUUCUUUGCGGAGAAUCUUCCAGUGGUG